AUGGACAUCGAUCAAGUCAUUCGAGUUCACUCUAGUCCUAUCUGCAACAUUCUAAGAGAGGCAACCUGCCAGCAAAACCAUCUUACCGGUCAGGCUCAGUCACCAGGGCAAAUUACAAAUCACGACACUGGCUCAGAAUCUCUCACCUUGCUCUCACCUUCCAUUAAAGUAGCUAUGAGCUCCUCUUCAUCCGAUUUGAAGCCCAAAGAUGCAAAACCUUCACAAGGUAUUCAACAUUCUGGCGAAGGCGUGUCGGAUGUUCGAAGAGGUGGACUUCCAGCGCCGCUUUUAUUAAUGGUAUCUAGGAGUGCAGUAUACUACCGUCUCUAUACAACUCUGGGAGCAAUGAAAUCGAACAACCCAAUCUACGUCAACGAUCCGUUCAUCAGCCGUACUCUUGCAAGACUGAUUACACCACCUCACACCGCUUUACUCGUGAAGAAUCAUCUUCUCAAAAUCGAAGGCUUCGCCAGGGAGACCCCCUGCACUCUUUUUGAAUCUCUCAGCAACCAGACCGCGAUUGAGGAUAACUCCACUCGCCUCUCAAUCAAGGGCCAAUCCGGCCCUGGCUUGACUGAAGACGACCCCGUAGCUCUUGUCGUCGAGGUGCAGGACAUUGAAAAUCGAUCGGCGAGCGAAGGGCAGCCAAAUGCCCUACCCGAUGCUAACCUACAUUAUCUUUACUACCGAAUUUAUGACCCAGACGGCGCGCUGGCUUCCAGAACGUCUUUCGAUCGCACUGAUGAUUUUCUAGGUCGAGUUGAUACGCGGUCUAUCGCACCACCUCACUCUGUAGCGUCGGUUGAGGCUUAUAUUAGGAGUGCUGAGGGAAUAGCGAACACAACCAUUCAGAUGUUUGAAAACACGAGCGGCGGCUCUCCCCUGAAUGACAGAAUCUUACCGCUCUUUUCUCAGGACUUUCCAGGCUCUAUGAAAGAUGAGCCCAUAGCCGUUGUUUGUGAGGAUGUGCUACUAGUAGUCGAUCCGAGGUUGUUUAAGCCGAUCAAAGUCAAGACAACGUUCCGUCCCAGUGACGCCAAUCUCCCACUCUGGCUUUCCAUUACAGCAGGAGAUACGCUGCACACAGAUCUUGCGAAGAUGAACAUGGCUUAUAUUGGCGGUAUACAGUCUUGCAGCGGCUACAUGGCAAUGAACUCCGCUGGACAGGAGGGAUUUGUCAUGGACUCAUUCCUCGAAUCAGCGGAAAGUUUGUGAAGAUCUCAGGGCGUGGAAUGCGAUCAGGAUGUAUAACUUUAGACUAAGAAAUAAUUGUUUUCAGAAGC